UUUGCCCCGCCGAAGUGAUACCAAACUAAACGCUACUGUAGCCAGGUAUCUCCAGCAAGAGACUGGCCAACAAGUUUUUCGCAGCAAGGUUUCGGGGAAUUUAUUCAGAAUCGAAUCUGGAGAUUUCUUUUACUGUGGAAAUCUUUUCGGAAUCGGUUCGAAAAAAUGGCUUCUACAUCAAACAAGCUUGAAGAUAUUGUGGUUUUAGAGCUGGUGGAUCCCUCUGUAGUCACAGAGAAGCUAUCUGAGGAGGAGAUAACGAUCUCUACCUCGAGUAUUCACAACUGGGACAUUCCUUCGAUUGUUUGCCACAGGAUCGUCAAGGUCCAGGCUGAUAGAAGCAGGCUUUCAGAGAAGUCUUGUUACUUUCAUAGUCUUCUAAGUGGAAACUUCAGUGAAUCAAGACUUUAUCAUAUCUCAAUCCAUUGGAGCAUGGAAUCAAUUCUCAAUGUCCUGCAGUUUAUUUAUGGCUACCAGUUAAUUGUUACAUCGACAAAUUUUCUCAAUCUCUUGGAGGCUGCACUCUUUUUUGGCGUGGACAGUCUUCUGUUGGAUUGUGAAGCUUGGUUCCAAAAGUUUACAUCAGGAUUUGGACUAUGUAGACAUCAGAUAUCACUGGCUUCUAUAAUUGAAAUUUCAAAUUUUAGCUUGGAUCAUGGAAUUACUUCAAUCAUGGGAACGUGCAAAGACUAUAUUGCUCGAAACUUUGCUUGGGCUGCAUCUAGUAGCUCUUUUGUUGAUAUUCCAUAUACAUUGUUAUAUUCUGCAAUUGAACACCCAGAACUUACUGUAGAAAGUGAGGCUCAACUUUGCGAAGCACUUUUGGGUUGGCUUUCCCACAAUAUUGAAUUUAGGGAAUGCUUUCCUAUCAACUAUGAGGACAGCUUCUACAACAUUCUUAAGAAGAUUUUAUGCGUCACCAUGUCCAUGUUUCUGCUUUAUAGGAAUUGGAUGGUGGACUCAACACUUAUGUACCGGAAAACUAAUAAAAUUGUCCUUUGUUCAAGAGGUACAAGACGUUGCUUCCCCAGCUUUGCAGAUGAUAUUAUUCAUGCAAUUAUUUUUGUGAUGAAUAAUCACCGUUCAAGUCUAAUAAAUACAUUUGAAGACAAUGAUUGCUCCAAAAGUCUACGAAUUCGUCUAACCAAAUAUUCAGAGAAAAUUGUGCUUUGUGGCUGCCCUCAUGUUACAAUGGACAUUCUGUUCCUCGGAAUACUUCCAAAUGAUAUUGAUUUCACAUGUGAACCGGACAGGGGUGAUUAUUCUUGUAUCAUCCAGAAGGCUGGCAGCUUCUUGUCUUUUGAAUCUGUAGUUGAAGUAGAUAUUUCUAAAUGUCCGAAUCUGCGAUUUGCUUUAGUAAUCCAAUGGUUAUAUUUGGCAUUCCCAUCAUUAAGAAUAUUGAAGGCAUCACACUAUUUGGAUUUCAAGUAUGAAAAUCUGUAUUCCUUUCUACGUAUGUGUCCACAUAUUGUUGAAGUUGACUUGACAGUUGAUAUUAGUCCUGUGAUCUUUGGAAACGUAUCUGUUUUAUCUGCAAAUGUUGAAGAGCAUCAAUUUGCAGAUGCUAUGAGAUAUAAAAUUCUUGAAGAGAAAAUAACCUUGUCAAGUAUGAGUGAAAUCAUUUCUGCUAAGCCAGUGCUUGCAAAUAUCACAAAACUGACUCUUGAAGGUAGAAGUGAUACCAAUGAUCUAGAGCUAUUAAAAAUAUCUUCUCUGUUGCUUUCUUUGUCUUUUCUAAAUAUCAAAGGAUGCACACUGGUAACCGACAUGGGGAUAUCCAAGCUUUUAAUGAAGUGUCCGCGCCUUCAGUCCUUGAUAUCCUCAUACACUGCAUUUGGGAGAAAUUCAAUUAAAAUACUUUGUUUAGAAAAAAAAUUUCGCAAUGGUUCUGACGGGACACCUGGGAACUCAUCUGCAAUGGCAUCUAGGCUUCAAGAACUGCAAAUUGAUGGCUGUAAGGAUGUUGAUAACAAUUCUCUGUUACAUCUUAUGAGCAAGAUAUCUAUCAUGAGAGUUCUAAGUUUAAGGGAAACUUCGCUUGAUGAUGAUGCUCUCUAUAAGCUUGCAAGCUGUUCCUUGGAGAAACUUGAUAUUUCUGAUACACUGGUUUCUAUGCAAUCUUUAAACUAUGUCAUAAAAAGAAAUCCUGAGAUGAGAUCUUUGAGAGGAACUGGUUGUUCGAAACUGCAUCAUGGUGGUGAUCAGAAUCUAGCAUAUACUCAUAGAACGGAGUUUCAAGAUUUUCUCGAUGAGUUAGGUAAAAGGUGUAUGCUGGAAGAACUGGCCCUUGGAUGGGGGUUCUCCUCAAUAGGUUUGGAGAGGCUACAACCUGCUUUUCGUAAUUUAAGGAUUUUAUAUGUUGGUCUUGGUGCAGAAAUGGAUCACCAUUUAUUAUGUCUUGUUCCGAAGAUCUGUCCACUUCUGGAGUCACUGGUUCUACGUUUUCAGGUGAUUUAUGAUGAUAUCGUCAGAAGCAUUUUAGAAUCUCUCAAACAUCUGCAAAUGUUGUGGCUUUGCUGCUGUCUUGGUUAUUUUACGUCACUAAGCUUUCAGAUCCCAAUGCUAAAUUUGACAUCGUUGAAGCUAGAUUGGGUGACCCCAUGGAUGACAAAUAAUGAUUUGAUUUUAUUAACUCAGAACUGCUCUAAUGUUCUUGAACUUUCGCUAUCAGGUUGUAAACUUCUCGACUCAGGCUCACAGGAAAUCAUUGCAUCUGGAUGGCCUGGUCUGAAAUAUGUCCAUUUAGAGGAAUGUGGAAGGAUAACUUCUCAAGGGGUUACAUUUCUUUAUAACUGCAAAGCAAUAGAAGAACUCAAGCUACGACACAAUGGCCGAGGGCUUGCUCGGAACUUCAUGCUGGACGCAGCUUCAAAGCUGCCAUUACUUCGGAGGUUAUCAUUGGAUCUAUGCGACGCAGUCCAAGGUGGAUUUGACAGCCCAAGUCAUUCUGAAAGGUUUUAUUUGAGUACUGUGAAGAUAUGUCGAUGCAAGGCACAAAGGUGUGCAUUUAAGCUUGAGAAGUUAGGGGGAUUCAAUCCAGAGCACAAGGAGACCAUAGUUCUCGAAUAUACCAGCAAGCAGCUCCGGACAACUGUGGUUAGAGAAAGAAUAUAGCUAGAGGACAAGAUUUAGGCUUCAUUUGGGACGGCUUUCUUAGUGUUUUCUAAAGCGACUUUUUAGUUAAAAAUUUUUAAUUUUUGUAUUAGAAAGCAGCUUUAAGAAGCUGUUAAAAAGCCAUCCCAAACGGAGCCCUAAUGCUUGAUGCUAUUUUAAUUAGGUGGUUAGGUUUAUAUCCUUCGGUCGUCGUGUACUGUAUUUAUAAUUUAACUGGAAAACUGUUGAGGUUCAUUUGGUAUUGUUGUUGUUUUACAUAUAAUAACUUCAACAAAAAUAGGUUCCUGAGCUGUACUUAAAUUUAGGCUUAGAUAAUAUUAUGAUUCAUGAUCGUGCUUUCGAUCAAUUAAUAAUUCAGAAAUCUACCUGUACCAUUCCUGUAAACCUUCAAGGAUUUUAGCCAAGUGAAAACAACUGUUUCUAUGCC